AUGCUCAAAGUAUAUUUAAUACUCUUUCUGAAUGUGACUUGUUAUUUUCUCCUUUCUUUCUUUCUUUCUUUCUUUCUUUCUUUCUUUCCAAUUGCUCACCCUCUCCCCCGUCUAACAAGAAGUCUGCUUCUUCUUUGUGGCGGUCGUCGUUUUUUUGUUUCUACUCUUACACCCCAUUCUUCUUCUUCUUCUUCUUCUUCUUCUUCUUCUUCUUCAGCUGCUGCUGCUGCUGCUGCUGUUUCUUCUUUUUGUUGUUGUUGUUCUUCUUCUUCUGCUGCUGUUUUUUCUUCUACUGUUUCUUCUGCUUCUUAUUCUUUUUCUUCUGCUGCUUUUGCUGUUUCUUCUUCUUCUUCUUCUGCUGCUGCUGCUUCUUCUGCUGCUGCUGCUGUUUCUUCUUCUACUGUUUCUUCUUCUUCUUCUUCUUCUGUUGCUGCUGUUUCUUCUUCUUUCUCUUCUUCUUCUGCUGCUGCUGUUUCUUCUUCUACUUCUUUUUCUUCUGCUGCUGCUGUUUCUUCUUCUACUACUUCUUUUUCUUCUGCUGCUGCUGCUGUUUCUUCUACUGUUUCUUCUUUUUCUUCUUCUUCUGCUGCUGUUCUUUCUUUUUCUUCUACUGUUUCUUCUUCUUCUUCUUCUUCUUCUUCUUCUUCUUCUUCUUCAAGCGAACCAAUUGCCCGUCGUCCACAUAUAAGCACAGAUGAUUUUUUCAAGAUUUUGUUUCAAUUUCCUUUGUUUUGCCAUUCUUGUAAUAAACCCAUUUAUCAUUAUUAG